GUUCAAGUGAGAAUAAAUUUGGAACUCCGGUCCAGCUCUAAACUUCCUGAAUGAGUUGAGGCUCGACUCUGUCAUGGAGAGCUGAGCUCGCGCUGUCACUACCAAAAUGUCUACUCUGCCAGACGAUACACUACGAAAGAUCUUGGUCCAGAUUCAACAGACCGCCGUUCAGUCACAGCGUGCUCUCAAUAUUUCUCGACAGCAAUCUGCCUCGAAAGACCGAGAGCGAAGAAUUCUCCAGCUCACCAUUGAUGAGAUCCAAGGCAUCGAAGGAGAUGUCAACUUGUACAAGGGCGUUGGCAAAAUGUUCAUGAUGGUCCCCCGGAAAACGAUGGAGCAGGAAUUCAAAACCCAAGAGAAGGAGCUAACAGAUGAUAUCAAUAGUUUGAACAAGAAGGCAAAAUAUCUUGAGAAGCAAUUUAAUGACGCACAAUCUCAGCUGCGCGACAUCUUCCACCAUAGCCCCAAACAAUGAGACCUAAUAUAACAGUGAUCCAGCACCCACUACUGUAAUACCAACGGGUCCAACUGUACAACGUAACACAUGAUAUGAGUCCCGCAAGUGGCUGAGCGCUCGAUAGUCGCAUUUAUGUAUCGGCAUUACCGGAAUUCACCGCCCAAGUUUCUUCCCGCCUUGGUCUCUCCUGGGUGGACCAUAGACAAAGGAAGUCAUCUCAUCUUUCAUUAUCACUUGCUUCCUGAUGAUACGAAAACGGGUGGAUUGUGGUUAAGUAGAUCCCUGAGGGCCAUGCUAUGAACGAACUGGUCGAGGGGACCAAGACAACAAACCAGUUUAACAAAACACGCCAUGGAUCCUUGUGUAAUCACCAAUAUGAUCACAAGACUUUGCGACAACAUGAAGAUUGGUAGGUGAUACGUGACACCGAGUUAGGUCGCAGUAAUAAGCACUGAGAUGCUUUGCGUUCAAUCCGGCCUCAGCCGGGUGGGAAUG